AUGAAGUGGUUGGCCACAUUUGCUGGUGAGUUGAGUAAUGCUGCACAUUACUUCUCUUUCUUUGCAAAUGUUCAUGAUGGAAACAAAUACACUGUAAAUGGGGCAAUUGGUGAGAGUGAAGAGUUUACAUGGCAACAAUGGAAUUACAAUGACAGGCUCACUGUGGCAGCCAGGGUGAAAGCCAAAGAAAAUGAACUUAAUGCCACACGUCUAGCCCCCUCAACCAAGCGAAGCAAACUUAUGCAGUUUAUUAAAGGUCAAAAAUCUAGGCAAGAAUGUGAAACUAUCAUUGCACAUUUGGUAGACUUUGCUUUUGCAGAACCACUACAUAAUUCAAACAAUGCUUGGCAGUAUAUUCAUUCUAUAUUACUGGAGGAAGCAAUUUCACGAAGCAACAUCCCUGUUACGGGUGUUGAAUUAUCAACCCUGCCUGAUGAAACUCCUCUCAAAAAAUUUGUCCUUUCAAUAAAGAAUGAUGUUGGUGCAUCUAGGCUAUAUAAGAAAAUAAAAAAAUGGCGGAAGGGAGAAAAAAGAAAUUUGAAUAUCGAUUUACAGGUAAAGAAACCAAGUGCUUAUGUCACAAAUUUAUGUUUCUUAUUGAUUCCGUAA